CCUUCCCUUCCAAACACUAAAUGUCCGGCGACUCUCGCGCGCCAGUGUUGCCAGUUAGCCGGCGAACACGUUUUAAUUGUUCGUUUCGUUUAGAAAUAUAAAAACGCUUGCUUAGUUCUUUUUAAACGUAUUCGGCGGACUUAAUAACUUGGUCUUGAUAUUGAUAAAUGGGUCGAAACAGGAAGCAAAAUGUUUUCGCUGCUCGCAAACGUCAAAAGCGGGAGAAUGGUUCCAAUCGUCCUGAUAAUCAGGCGCUGCCGUAUGAGGAGAUCAAAAGGGAUAAUGCCUUCUUCAUCAAGUACUACCAACUGCAGAAGAUCUGCGCCACCGAGGAGGAGUGGACGCAGUUCCUUGCGUCCAUCAGGGACAACCUGCCCACUACUUUCCGUGUGACAGGCUUUAGGGACGAGGCCAAAGCCCUGCUCUCCAUUAUUGAGACGCAGCUAUUCACCGAGUAUGUGAGGGCGGUGGCCGAGCUUCACCAGAAGGCGCCCGAGGAUGUGGAACGGCCGCUGUGCCUGCCCUGGUAUCCAAACGGGCUGGCUUACCAGCUGCACCUCACCCGCAAGGACAUUCGACGCUCGGAGCCGCUCUACCGGCUGCACAACUUCUUAAUUGUGGAGACCACGGCGGGCGGCAUCAGCAGGCAGGAGGCCGUAUCCAUGAUCCCGCCAAUUGUCCUGGAUGUGCAACCCACGGACAAAGUUCUGGACAUGUGUGCUGCGCCAGGUUCGAAGACAGCCCAGCUCAUUGAGGCUCUGCACGCUGCUCCCGAAGAACACAAGAUUCCGCCCGGCUUUGUGCUGGCCAACGAUGUGGACAACAACCGCUGCUACAUGCUGGUUCACCAAGCCAAGCGCCUAAACUCGCCCUGCCUGUUGGUGACCAACCACGACAGCAGUGCCUUUCCCAAUCUCCUGACCACGAAGCCGGACGGCUCAAAGGCGAUCCUUAAGUUCGAUAAGAUCCUGUGCGAUGUACCUUGCUCCGGCGACGGCACACUGCGCAAGAAUCCAGACAUUUGGCUUAAGUGGAACCUGGCACAGGCCUACAACCUCCACGGCAUUCAAUACCGCAUCGUACGUCGUGGCGCUGAGAUGCUGGAGGUUGGCGGUCGGCUGGUGUACUCCACCUGCUCACUGAAUCCCAUCGAGAACGAGGCGGUGCUGCAGCGGAUCAUCAAGGACGCCGACGGUGCAUUGGAGCUGGUGGAUGCGGGGCACCUGGUGCCAGGUCUUAAGUACAAGCCAGGCAUGACCGACUGGAAGCUGGCCACCAAGGAGGUGGACCAGAUCUUUACCCGCUUCGAGGAGGUGCCUGAAAGCCUGCAUACCAUUAUACGGCCCGGUAUGUUCCCUCUGCCGGCUGACGAGAUGGCCAAGAUUGGGCUGGAGAAGUGCCUCCGCGUAUUGCCGCAUCUCCAGGACAGCGGCGGCUUCUUUGUAGCCGUGUUGGAGAAGCGUCGUCAGCUAAGCUUCGAAAAGAACGAUGUGGUGGAGGUGGUGCAGCUGAACGAGACGGCCAAGCAGCCUGCAGCUGAGCCGCAAGUGGACGAGAAUGGAAAGCCCAUCGAGGAGAAGUCCGUUCCGUGGGGACCGCAGCGAAAGAAGCGACGUCUGCAUGGCUACAAGGAAGAUCCUUAUGUCUUCUUCGGCGAAAAUGACCCUGACUACGAGGCGAUCAAGGAGUUCUACCAGCUGGACGAAUCCCUUAGUCAACGAUGUCUCCUAACUCGCUGUAUCACGGAGAAAAAGAAGAACAUCUAUUACUGCUCUGACCCCAUCCGCGAUUUGGUGCUCAACAACGAAAACCGCAUCAAGAUCAUCAACACGGGCGUUAAGACAUUCGUGCGCUGCGAGAACCGGCACACGGUGCAUCCCUUCCGAUUGGCCCAGGAGGGCCUCCAGACCUCCAAUGCCUUCAUGGGCGCCAGCAGGAGAAUCCAGGUGGAGCGGGAGGACCUGGUGUUGAUGCUCAAUUGCACUGAUCCCACGCAGCCGCCGUCGACUCACGAACUAAAGAAAGAAACCCAGGAGCGCUGCAAGGAGUUGGGUGUGGGCAGCUGCAUACUUAAGUACGUGGACCAGCGGUUCACGUUGUACACUGUGGGCUGGCGCGGCACCUCCAGUCUGCGCGCCUAUGUCCAAAAGGACGAGACCAUCCACAUUCUCCGCCUGCUGGGCGCUGAUCUCAGCAAGUUUGAGACCAAUAAGUACGAGGACGCGAGAGUGGCGGCUGCUGCUGCAGCGGACGCUGAAGCCGGCAAGAGUGCCGAGGCCGAAGCCGAUUCCUCCGUCGAUGGUUCCGCCACGGAGUUCACAUCCUCUGGCAGUGGCGCUGUUGAUGUCCCAGUGGCCGCCGAGACAACAGGCACACCUAUGGACACCGAAGUGGUGGCCACCAAAAGUUAGUGUUUGUCGCGAGUACCUAUGACAUCUAGCAUUUAAGCAAAAGCAUAUGUAAGCAUAUUUACCACGAAUCAAGAGUUUAUACUUCCCGAAUUUCAACCGUGUGUUUCUUUUAUUAUUUGAGAGUUUUUCCGGACCCGGAGAGAGCAAAAGUCGGUGCAGUUUUAGUACGUUUUUGUUAUAAAAUGUUACAUUUAUGUUUUUAUUUUUCCCAGUAUAAAUAUAUCGUAUGUAAAGUAUAUAAAAAAAAGUUCAUUAAAAAAUUACACAUACUCUUUAUAUAGAUGCUUUUCUACCGUAUUUCUUUUUGUUUUUCUGUUUUAUACGCUUCAUACGUUUUGCGUGUCUUUUAAAAAGUAUUUCUCAUAUAUUUGCUGUCUUUUCUUGUGUAAAUGUUCUUGAGUGAGUUGGCUGUCGUAUUGCUUUGUAUCUGCGUUUUAUUCUUCUUCUGAUGAUGAUGUGUGUGUUUGUCGUGUGUUUUGGAAACAUUUAUGCACAAAUAUAUAUGGGAUAGACGAAUGUUUAUUUUAUGUUAAUUACGCUGUAGGAAUGAGACUGGCUAUCUUGCUUGUUAAUACAAAAAAUAUAUAUAUAUGUAAAAAUAUUGCAAAAAAAAAAACGGACAACCGAAA